GUCACAUAAUACUCUACUUGUUAGUUUAACGUUAUUGUAGUUUAGAGCUCACAGCAAAAUCUUUGCACUCAUGAUCAUGGAAAAAUCUUCAAAUCAGAAAACAAUUUCCAUUAUUGGUGGUGGAUUGGUUGGAAGCUUAAAUGCUUGUUUUUUUGCUAAGAAUGGAUUCCUGGUUGAACUUUAUGAGGCAAGAGAAGAUAUAAGAACAGCCAAAAGAGUCAGUGGAAGAAGCAUUAAUUUGGCAUUGUCAUACAGAGGUCGGCAAGCUCUCAAAGCUGUUGACUUAGAGGAUAAGAUUGUGGCCAAUGGCAUUCCUCUGCGAGCAAGGAUGAUUCACUCAGUUAAGGGUAAAAGGUAUUCCAUACCCUAUGGCAAAAAAGAUCAGUAUAUCCUGUCAGUCGACAGAGCAAAUUUAAAUAAAGAACUGCUUAAUGCUGCAGAAAAGUAUUCAAAUGUUAAGUUGCAUUUUCAACACAAGUUGACUGACUGCAAUGUUGAAUCUGGUAUGUUGGUGUUUAAAGGGAAGCAGGGCACUGCAAAGCAUACACAUGCAGAUUUGAUUGUGGGAUGUGAUGGUGCCUUCUCAACUGUAAGAAAACAAUUUAUGAAAAAAAUACGCUUUAAUUAUAGCCAUGUAUAUAUCCCUCAUGGAUACAAGGAAUUGACAAUUCCUCCUAAAAAUGGAGAGUUCGCCUUGGAACCUAACUAUUUGCACAUAUGGCCAAGAAAUACAUUUAUGAUGAUUGCAUUGCCCAAUUUGGAUAAAUCUUUUACAUGCACUCUGUUCAUGUCAUUUGAAGACUUUGAAAAACUUUCCAAAGCAGAAGAAGUACUAGACUUUUUCAAGAAACAUUUUCAAGACUCCAUACGUUUAUUUGGACAGGACAACUUGAAAACAGAUUUCUUCCAGUUGCCACCACAAGCCUUGAUCUCUGUUAAAUGUUCUACAUUUUGCUUGGACAGUAAAUGUGUUAUAAUGGGUGAUGCAGCCCAUGCUGUUGUGCCUUUCUAUGGACAAGGAAUGAAUGCUGGAUUUGAAGACUGCCUUAUAUUUUCUGAAUUAAUGGAGCAAUACAGCGAUGAUUUCAGUAUCUGUGUUCCUGAAUUUUCCCAAAUUAGGGUGCCUGAUGCUCAUGCAAUUUCAGAUCUGGCCAUGUACAAUUACAAGGAGAUGAGGUCCCAUGUGAACUCUAAGUGGUUUCUUUAUCGAAAAUAUAUAGACAGCACUCUGCACAUGUUAAUGCCAUCUACUUUCAUUCCUCUUUACUCAAUGGUAACAUUCACUAGGAUACAAUACCACAAAGUUGUCCUCCGCUGGAAGUGGCAAAAUAGGGUUAUAAAUGCAGGACUUGUGUCAUUUGGUUGUGCAAUGAUGUGCUGUGUCACUUACCAGCUAUUAAAAAAUCUGCCUCAUAUCAAAGAAACGUUUACCCAACUUGCAUUCCACUUGCCAACAGUUCGUUUCCUAUCCCUGCCUAACUUCGAUUUCACAGAAGUUCUUUAAGGAGAUAUUUUCUUGAAAGAUCAUCCAAAAUUGGGUCUGGGCUUCAGUCUCCAAACUGCUAAUUGUCAUAAUUUUAUAAAAUGUUUAAAAAAAAAUUAAAUAAAAAUAUUCUGAAAU